AAUGGAAGAAGGUGCUAUCAACAAGCCUCAUGAAAGAAGUCAAAAGGAAAAGAUGACAGCAGCAAGGAGUGAGACAUUUCCAUCAGCAAGUAAUCCUCAAAGGGCUUCUUCUGGACAAGCUAUCAAUCAACAAAUAUCCUAUUCCUUUCCAUCACGUCCUACACACUUGGAUCAGGGAGCAUCUGAUUGUUUAACAAAUCACAGCCAAGUGGCUAAUGCAGGAGAUGCUAGCCUUCAGGCUCUAGGGGCGGUUUUCGUUAAAAUUCGGCCUUCUUUAAGCUCUCUUAUACAAGAUUUGGCUAACUGCGACGCAGCUAUAUCAUUACCGGCGCCAAACUUUGACAAACCCCAAGAAACAAGCUCAUGUGCAAAGACACCACAAGGAGAACUGGAGCAGAUAGUGUCAGAGGAACCAAGCUCAAGCAAAAAUUGUGAAACUGAUCAAAGUAAUUGUAGAGAAAGAACAUUAGAUGAACACGGUGCCCUGUGUGGUCCCCUCCUUCAAGCUGCCUUAAAAGGUGAUUGGCUGGCUUUUCUUGAGGAAGACCCAAGCUGUGUUCGAGCCUCCAUAUCGAGAGAUGAAGGGACGGCACUCCACAAUGCGGUGGUUGCAGAAGACAUCACUGAUAUAAAAGUAUUCUUGAAAUUUAUGAGUCCAAACGACUUGAAAUUGACUACAACAAAAGGAGCUACGGCCCUUCACUUUGCAGCUCAAUCAAAAAUGGUGAUAAUUGCUGAGCAAUUGGUCAAAAUCAACGAUGAGCCACUAUUGAUGCAUGACUCCUGUGGAAACAUUCCACUCCACAUUGCAGUUAAUUACCACGGACAUCAAAACAUGAUCUGGUAUCUAAUCUCUGUGACUCCUUUUGAUAAGUUGACUGCUGAUGAUCGAACUAAGCUCCUGCUUAAUACUAUUAGCAAUGAUAUGUAUGAUAUAGCAUUGAAAAUUCUAAAAAUAGAUUCAAACAUAGCAACUGCCGACACUGCAUGGAGAGCUUUGGAAGUGUUGGCAAGAAAACCUUUGUCAAUUUUCUGCCCAAGUCGGCUAUCACUCCAGCAAAGUCACUCAAAUUCCUGGUUCACAUGGAUCUGUAACCAAGUUUUGAUGAAGACACUAACCCAUCAAUUAGUUGAAGACCUUUUGGAAAUAGUUAGAACUCAAGAUCACAGACAGUUCUCAUUAAACUUGGCUAUAUAUCGGAAGGCUUUAAUUUUUGAGGCUGCGAAAGUUGGAAAUGUUGGGUUUCUAAUUAUAUUGAUACAUUAUUAUCCUGAUCUUAUAUGGCAAUUAGACGAAGAUAACAUGACUUUAUUUCACAUUGCUAUUUUAUAUCGUCAGGAGAGUGUGUUCAAUCUAAUAUAUAAGAUAGGUCCUAACAAGCGUCGUCGCCUUGCAUCCUUGAUUACUUUGAAAAAAGAGGACAACAUGCUGCACUUAGUUGCAAGAUCGGCUCCUUUGGAUGGACAAAAUAUCAUAUUAGGAGGUUUUGGUAUGCAACGGGAGUUGAUGUGGUUUCAGGAGAUAAAAAGGAUUGUCCCACUGCCCUACUCAAUGAUGAAGAAUUUAGAAGGCAAAACACCUAACGAGUUGCUAAAAUCGACACAGAAAGAGUUUAAGAAAGACCGUGAAAAAUGGAUAAAGGAGACAACACAAAAUUCUAUGGUUGUGGCAACAUUAAUUGCCGCUAUAGUUUUUGCUGCAGCAUUCACUGUACCAGGUGGCAACGAUCAAGAAACAGGCACUCCUAUAUUUUUGAAAAGUAACUGGUUUACGGUGUUCUUCGUAGCAGAUGUAAUUGCAAUGGUUGCCUCUUCAACUUCCAUACUCAUUUUCUUAUCAAUGUUCAUGUCACGUUACACAGAAGAGGAUUUCUUUGAGACAAUACCUUCAAUCUUCUUAAUUGGACUCACAACACUCUUUACGUCCAUUAUGAGCAUGAUGAUAGUCUUUUGCGGAGCUUGUUUUUUGAUUUAUAAAAAUGCAAGGCCUUGGGCUCCAGUUCUUGCAAUCACUUUGGCUAGUACCUCGGUUACUUCCGUUUUACUACUACGUUUUGAUCUUUUGAAGGAAUCGAGAGAAAUAUCCAUGUACAUAUUUUGUUCUCUGCUAUAUAAAUGUAGACUAUUUUUCUACCAGAAGAUGCCUAUUGGGGGAUGGCUUAGUAGAAAAUAUGCAAGUCAAAUGAAAGGGAAGGAAAAUCGUUGAAGGUUCCAUGGAUUGAGCAAAUAAAGACUGAUUUUCUUCGUAUUUCAUGCAAAUCGCAGAAUGAUAAAGAUUGGAUAAUGGUUGUGGCGUCUGGUACUGCGAUCAAGCGCACGCUGUGACUGCAAUCGAGCGCCCGGUCUCUGGAAGUGCACUCGAGUGCACGCGGGGACAUUAUGUUAUUUUUCUGCUUUUAUUUUCUAGCUGACUUUAUGUUGUUAUUUUAUUAGGGUUAGGGUUUUGGAAGUCUUUAUUUCAUUAUUUUAUUAGGUAUAGGGAUUUGGUGUUAUUUAUGUCAUGUUUUAUUAGGUUUUGGGUUUUGGGCUAUAAAUAUAUGCUUAUAGCCUUUAUAGAAAAUCAGUUUAUGUUAUUUCAUCCGUUUUCUCUAAAUAGGAAUUACUCAAAAGAGUUUUCUUCA